CGGGAAUUUCACGUUUGGGAUUUGGACCCCACGGAGUCUGGGGCUGUGGUCGGGACCGCUACGGGCGGGUCUCGGGACCGAACGUGUGAGUGGGACAUGAAGUAAACCAUGGAUAUCUGUUCCGCUGCGCCGACGUUGCUGACCGACAGCUUGGAACUGGAGCUGGGAACAGAAUGGUGCAAACCCCCUUGCUUUUCCUGCGCUUUUGACAACAGAGCAGGAGGAAAACAGUUUUCCGGCGAGUCCUACCUUUCCAGCGGAGCCCUUAAGCGAUUAAUUUUGAGUCUUGAUCCUUUACCAACUAAUUUUGAAGAGGAUACAGUGGAACUAUUUGGCAUUCCAUGGGUUACUGAAACAGCAUUAGUGAAUUCAUCUAGAGUGCUGUUUCAUUUACUCAGGCAACAACUAUAUAACUUGGAAAUCUUAUUACAAGCAAGCUGUGAUUUUGGAAAGAUAUCAACCCUGCACUACAAAGCAGACAAUAUUAGGCAGCAAUGUGUAACAUUUCUUCAUUAUGUUAAAGUUUUCAUCUUCAGGUACCUGAACGUACAGAAUACUGAGAGUCAAGCUCCUGUUCAUCCCUAUGAGGUUUUGGAGGCUCAGCUUCCCUCACUGUUGGUUGAUGAGCUUAAAGGAUUACUUUUGUAUAUUGGACACCUAUCGGAACUUCCCAGUAUUAAUCCAGGGGUAUUUGUAAAUCAAAAUCAGAUUGAGCUUUUCCCACCAUCAUGGCAUUUCUUACAUCUCCACUUGGAUAUCCAUUGGCUGGUGCUAGAAAUUCUUCAGAUGCUUGGUGAAAAAUUGAAAGUUGUAUAUGGUCAUCAGUUUAUGAAUCUGGCAGGUGACCAUUUAACCAAUGUCAGCCUAUUUGAAGAACACUGUGAAAAUCUCCUUUGUGAUUUAAUAAGUCUGUCACUCAAUAGGUAUGAUAAGGUUAGGCCUUCUGAAGCAUUAAUGAGUCACCAUUGCCCGUGUCCCUGUAUUAAAGAAUUAUGGGUUCUACUCAUUCAUCUUCUAGACAACAGAAGCAAAUGGUUUCUCUCAGAAUCAUUUUGGAACUGGUUGAAUAAACUACUCAAAACACUCUUUGAAAAAUCAAGUGAGCAAAGAAGACCUUCUGUGCCUGUAAUCCAGUCCAGGGACCCGUUAGGUUUUAGUUGGUGGAUUAUUACUCAUGUAGCAUCACUUUACCAGUUUGAUCGCCAUGGAGCACCAGAUGAAAUGAGACAAAUGGAAUCAAAUUGGAACUUUGUAGAAGAACUGCUGAAAAGGUCCAUCAAUGUUCAGGGUGGUAUACUAGAAGAGCAAUUACGAAUGUAUCUUCACUGCUGUUUGACACUUUGUGAUUUCUGGGAGCCAAACAUUGCAGUUGUCACCAUUCUGUGGGAAUAUUAUAGUAAGAACCUGAAUAGUUCUUUCAGUAUUUCUUGGCUUCCUUUGAAAGGCCUUACAAAUAUUAUUAAGUCACCCUUGUCUAUGCUAGAAAUGGUGAAGACCUGCUGUUGUGAUACACACGAUUCUGACCUGUACAAAUCCAGAAAUAGUUACACCAUUUUCCUGUGCAUUUUGGCAAAAGUUGUUAAGAAAGCAAUGAAGAACAAUGGUCCUCAUCCUUGGAAACAAAUCAAAGGAAGAAUAUAUUCCAAAUUCCAUCAAAAAAGAAUGGGAGAACUAACUGCGGUUGGUCUACAGAACUUUUUCAGCCUUUUUCUGCUUUUAGCAGCUGUUGCAGAGGUAGAAGAUGUAGCAAAUCGCGUUUUAGACCUCAUGAAUUUCCUCAAGCCUACCUUAAAAGCAUCACCUCUCAUUUGGAAGGGUCAGGCAGCCUUCCUCUUGAUGUAUACCCAGAAAAAUCUGGACAUUAGCGUUUUAGCUGAGAAAUUUUCAGAUGCUUUCCAGGAAAAAGCAAAGGAGUUCUUGGUAUCUAAGAAUGAUGAAAUGGGACAAAGACAGACUCUCUGGACACUUCUUUCCAUCUAUAUUGAUGGUGUUCAAGAAGUGUUUGAGACAAGCCAUUGCUUGCAUCCUUCCCAUGAAAAACUGAUUAAUGAUGGAUUUAGUAUGCUUCUGCCAGCUUGUCAAGAAUCUGAACUUAGGACAGUAUUGCACUUUCUACAGGCCGUUCUGGCCCGAAUCAGACUGAUACUGCUUGAACAUACAAACCAUCCAGCAGGAAGUAUUUUGCAUAUUCUCAGGAUAUAUAGCUUCUUUUCAAACCAUAAUACUGGGUGGACUGCACAUUUCCAAAACAAGUCUGUUUCUGGGAAUAUGCGUCAACAGUUGUGUCAGGAACUUCAAAAGGAAAACGUGGAGCUAGCUGUGCAGUUUUCAUUGCCGGCUAAAGAGUGCCACCUUGCUGCAGCUGCCAGUGCACUGUGGAGACAUUUCUUUUCAUUUUUGAAGAGUCAGAGAAUGUCACAAACAGUGCCGUUCUCACAACUUGCGGAUGCUGCUGCAGAUUUUACUUUGCUAGCAAUGGACAUGCCCAGCACAGCUCCCUCAGAUCUUCAGCCUCAGCCAGUUGUAGCAAUGAUACAACUUUUUGGUUGGGAUGAUAUCAUCUGGCCUCAAGUUGUAGCAAGAUAUUUAAGUCAUUUCCUCCAAAAUAGCAUGUUAUGUGAAGCACUUUCUAAUUUAGGCUGUGUAUCUUUUCAAGCCUUAACUGUGAGAUCAUGGAUCCGUUGCAUUUUGCAAAUGUAUAUAAAAAGCCCUAGUUUACCUGAUGAUUUAUUAAUUGAUAUAAAUCCUGAAGAGGCAGUUGAAAAGGAGUACUUGGAACAGUUGGCUGAACUGACAAGGUUGCUGUUUAAACUCUCAGAAGUAAAGGAUAUUUUCUCAGAGGCUCAGGUUGAAUAUUUACCCAUCCCAGAAGACCCUAUAAAAGCACUUGUUCUGUUUCUUGAGGCUGUUGGUAUAACUUACGGGAAUCUGCAGAAACUUUCUGAUAAAUCUGCCAUGGUCAAAAAGUCCUUAGAAUACCUUGGUGAAAUAUUAAAAUAUAUAAAACCUUAUUUGGGAAAAAACAUUUCCAGUGCAGGGCUGCAACUGACGUAUAGGAUGAUGGGAAUUCUUGUUAAAUCGUGGGCACAGAUCUUUGCCACCACGAAAGCACAACAACUGCUGUUCCGGAUCAUAGAUUGCCUGCUGCUGCCACACUCGGUGUUGCAGCGAGAGAAGGAGCUGCCUGCACCCAUGAUGGCCGCAAUCCAGAAGAGCCUGCCUUUGUAUCUCCAGGGCAUGUGUAUCGUUUGUUGUCAGUCUCAAAAUCCAAAUGCCUAUUUGAAUCAGUUGCUGGGGAGUGUUAUUGAGCAGUAUAUUGGGCGGUUUCUUCCAGCUUCCCCACACGCUUUAGAUCUCACACAUCAUCCUGUGUUGUUGGCAUUGAGAAACUCAGCCACUGUCGCACUGAUGUCAUCCCUAAAGAAAUGCAUUGUACAAGUCAUAAGGAAAUCCUACUUGGAGAAUAAAUGGUUUUUGCUCCCUCCUCGCUUAGCAUCCAUUCUGGCUUUCAUCCUCCAACUCCUCAAGGAAACAAACGUAGGUGUUUCUGAGGUUGAACUCCUCCUCCCAGGCAUUUUAAAAUGCUUGGUGUUGGUCAGUGAACCCCAAGUUAAAAGGCUAGCCACAGAGAACUUGCAGUAUAUGGUAAAAGCCUGCCAAGUGGGGUCAGAAGGAGAACCUGCGGCCCAGCUGACUUCUGUGUUUAGGCAUUUUAUCCAGGAUUAUAAUACGACAUACAAUUAUCAGAUUUACAGCAUUUUAGAAACAGUAGCAGCAUUGGACCAACAGGUUGUCAUUCCCUUAAUUCCUGCCCUCACUCAGUCUCUGAAGGAUUCAGAGCAGAAAUGGGGCCUUGGGAGAAAUACUGCACAAAGGAAAGCCUAUAGCAAACUUUUAUCUCACCUAGGACAAGUGGGACAAGAUGAGAUACAGAGACUGGAAAGUGAUAACACCCAAUAUGUGUUGUGAUUCAUCUUUUCUAUUAACUAUAACUAUCGAAAGCCACUUCGCAUCAUUCUGACUCCUUUUAAUUAAUUUUAUGCUGUUCUGUUAAAACUAUUUUCUAG